AUGGGCUACUCCUCUGUCAGUCCCGAGGCUCUCCCCUGCCCCCAGGGUCACUACUGCCCCGAGGGCAUCGCCUUCGCCCUGCCGUGCCCGGCAGGAACAUACCAGCCCAAUCCCACCUCCGACAGCUGUUCCACGUGUCCACAUAGGUUCUACUGCCCCACGGCAAUCACAGAAGACCCCCUGCCCUGCCCUCCCCACUCAUACUGUCCGGCAGGGACUGAGGUGCCCCAGCUUUGCCCAAAUGGCACCUUCACCCCCCCUGGCCUGGAGGGGCUGCAGGAUGAUGAUGAGUGUUUGCCGUGCCCCCCAGGAAGAUUCUGCAGUUCUGAGUUUGCACCCCGGGGGGCGCCCCCACAUGACUGCCGAGGGAAGGCGGAGUGUGCCGGCCCAUGUCCAGCAGGGUAUUACUGCGAAGAGGGCGCUGAGGAGCCCCGACCAUGCCCCCCCCACACCCUGCGCAUCUUCCCUGGGGCCAGCAGCAGGCAGCACUGCCUCUCCUGCCCCCCCCAGCACUGGUGCAGAGAAGGUGACUCCACUCCACAUCCUUGCCCUGCUGGUCACUACUGUGAUGGACUGACCGGGAGUGAUGGACAGGAAGGGGCGGGGCCAAAGGAAUGCCCCACCUUCACCUACAGAUCUACCCUCAGAGCAGGCAGCAAGGGCGAGUGCCAGCCCUGCCCCCCAGGGUACCUCUGCAAUUCCACAGGGCUUGUGGACUACAGACUCCUUCCCUGCCCCCCGGGUUUCUGGUGCAGCGGAGUGGGCCCACCAGUCCCAUGCCCUGCGGGCAGCAUGCGGCCCCAAUCCGGUGCCGCCACCCCCGCCCAGUGCCAGGCAUGUACCCCCGGAAAUUACUGCCCCGACCCUCGCCACACCGGAUGGCCCAACGUUCAAGGGGUGCCUUGCCGCGCCUCAUACCACUGCCCCCCAGGUGCCGUGGCUGAGAUACCCUGCAAGGCGGGGUUCUUCUGCGGUCCGGGGACAGACGAGCCCAUGGAGUGUCCCGCUGGCUACUUCUGCCCUGAGGGCUCGGACAGCUACGCUAAAACGGACCAAGUCUGCAGGUUCCCGUUUUACUGCCCCCCCAGAAGUCCACUAGCGCGGCUCUGCGACGGGGGGUUCUGGCCUCUCAAUACCAGUGGCCUGCGCAGCUCCCGGGAUGGCAGCUGUGCUCCGUGUGAGGCUGGGACCCACCGGCCCGGCCUGUCUGCUGCCAUACGCUGCCUGCCCUGCCCAGCUGGCUAUCACUGCCCCCCAGGUUUCUAUGGGAACAGCACCAAAGCAGAAGCCCCGAGUGAGUGCCAGUCCUGCCCAGCCGGCACCUUUAACCACCUCUCUGGACAGAGGGCAUGUUUCCCCUGUGGAAGCUCUUCCUUCUCCCUCCCAGGGGCUGCUUCUUGUACCUGCUUUGGCCAAAACCGGGCCUUCCAGCACUCGGACGGGUCAUGUUUGUGUUUGACGGGUUUUGUGUUCUAUAACACGCUGGACCACCGGAUUAGAGAGAGUGACAGCCAGCUGGAUUGCCAGCCUGAGGUAAAUGAACGCUGUGCCACUGGACAGGCACGCCUUGCCAGCACACGUGAAUGCGUGACGCUCUCCCUCGACCUGUGCGAUGCCACAUGUGGAUCACAAGGAGGCAAUGUUGAUGUACAACUAGGCAUCUGCCAUUGCGAACACUACGUGUCAACCGAGGAGCUGUGCAAUGCUUCUUGCAUUUCGGAGCUCCCACAUGUGUCUGCCAGGCCGGUUGUGGAUGGACAGCUCAUGCUGAUGCUGGGGGGCAGAGAUAGGCGCCGCGGCCAUACAAUGAUGAUACAAAACAUCUUGGGCCCUGAUGUCCACAAGAAGACCACAGGGAAUGUCUACUUUGCCCAGUUUGACACAGAUGGAGUGUUUGGGUGGAUUAUGACCAACGAGAAGCUAAUUGACACCUUGCUUUCAGGAUCAGUCAAAAAUGUCUUCAGAGAGUCUUCAUGGAGGAUAGACACAAAGUUUGGAGGCUUAUCUCCUUCCAGCCAUCUGCCCCGUGUCCCCAACCCUCUCACCUGCCUCUCGCCCAAUGACAUGCUCAUCUUCCAGCUCACCAUCACCUUUUCUGACCGCCAUCUCAGUCACUUCCCAGUAUACCAGAAGGACCACCUGUUCAGCACCAACCCUGCCUGGGACUUCGGGGCCUUCAGACGUCUAGGACAGCUUAUUAAGCACAGUCAUUUCAACAUCACAUGGUUCGCCCAUGUGUUCUCUGAGCCGGGGACCUACGUAUUCCUGGAUAAUGGCAUGCCAGCCUGGAGCCUGGUGGUGGUUGUGAGUGACCGAGGAGUGGAAUGCGACCCUGCCCCCUUCAGGCCGUCCUCCCCAGAGCAGCUGGUCCGUCUCGGUGUGAAAUGGCAGCGGCGACCCAACUUACUGCCCGACCGGGCCACCAUUGCAGGAGUGCUGGGCUCUGUGGGACUGCUGAUCGCGGUGCUGAUAGCGUCGGCUCUGUUCCUGGACUUCCGCCGCCGCGGUACGGUCAUCUUAGCCCAAUAUAAACCUAGAUGGCGAAGUCUAGGGGAACCGAGGAUCCAUGCAGAGUACAGUCAGCGUGGCCCAGCUCUACUGGGGUGUCGAGGAGCUGCAGAGGGGGCAGAGGCUGAGGAGACACUUAUCUGCAGGGGAGGAUACAAGGUGGGCCGUCUGGACCUGGAGGAGUUCAAUGUAAGGACUCUGUACGACAAGCUGGAGGACCAGAGCCUGCAUCUGGCUUCACAGCUGGCUUGCUACCGCAAAGAGACCCAAGAGUUCUACAAGAACAUCCACCAGCAGGCUGACGCUCUAAAAGGCCUCAUCCUGAAUAUGGAUGCCGUUAAGGUGGGUCAUAUGAAAGACAUGCUUGCUCUGAACACGGCGUGCAGUGACACUAGUGGUGAUUGGACGGCAGAGCGGGACGACCCCGCCCACGGGGAGGAAAUGGAAGACCCAGCUGUGCCAGUGCUGGGGGUGUUCUUGAGAGCUCUGGGGGCGCUGCUGUCCCGAGGCACCAGCGAGUGCUGGCCCCCGCAGGAUGCGGCUCUGCAUAUAGGUGGGAGCGCAGGGCACGUCAGGCCCACACAGGACUUACACAAUCCUUUGCAGCUGUCUGUAACUAAUAUGACCGGGCAUAAACCAGCGGAGGAGAUGAAGUCGGAUUCAGCAAACCUGCCAUGCAUAGCUCCUGGCCUGAGUGAGAACGACUUCUCCAGGUUUGUGGCACUGACCCCUCUUUCCAGAACGCUUCAGGAGAUACAGGAGUCCCUCCAGAACCUCCCACGUCCAGAAAAAGAUACUUCAGAUGACUCGGGGGAAAGCCCAAAAGGACAGCUUGUCCCGUGGGCUCUGGACAGGCUCUCCCCUCAGCACUUUGCCGUCUUCCUGUUUGGUUGUGACAUUGUGCGCCGGCUGUGCGACAGCCAUGGCUUCCCCCGGGUAACGCUGCUCCUGGCCCAAACGGUUCCUGUCUCUCGUCGGCCAGGCCCACAAGGACCCUGCUGCCCAGAUUUCCACUACGACCCAGACAAUCAGAUCCUCUAUCUCUGCAAGGCCACGCUGGAGGAUGUGGGCCAGUUCACUGCCACUCUCUUGCAUUCUAUGGCUUACAUUGGCUCUGAUUCGACGUCGAGCUUCAUGGAGGCUCUACACCGUGCCGUUUCUGCACUCGGCCUGCCGCUCUUCUACGCCUCAUUCACCAAAAGACAUGACCAUACGGAAGGAGAGACCGAGGAGGGAGCGAUCGGGUCGGUGUUCGACGACAUUCUCAGCCUGACCAUUCCUGUGGAAACGCACUUCACGGAACAGCUUCUGGCAGAGAGGCUGCAGAAAUUCAAGUAUUUCCAGCUACGGCAGCACCUGAGAGACCUAAAAUCUCAGGCGACAAACGGUGUCGGAGAUGAAUCUGGACCCAAAGGGCUGGAUGUCCAAGAACAGGAGUGUAACGUGGAGCAGGAGAUAGAUCGCCUGAACAGCCUCUUCUUGUACUUGAGUGCCCGUCUCCUGGAAGGAGGGGAGACGAGCAGAAGGACACAGGAGCAGGAGGAAGCUGGGAAGAACUCGAGGCAGGCAGGGGGGCCCUUUUGGGCGGGGGCGGAGUCUGGCCUCAGUCGGGGCAGCACCCUGCUGCUGACGCUCCGGCGCCACUGUGUGGCUCGGAGGCUUGGCGACAUGCACCGCCGGCUGACCCAGAUCAGGCUUUCCCAGGACAGCACCCUUCAGCAGAGAGGCCAGGAAGCUGGCACCCAGGAGCAAGAUGAGCACAUAGGUGGCACCCCAAAAGCGGGUGGCCACAGACCGGGGCUCCACGCAUCACAUGGCCCCAUGCAGGAGCUUCAAAUCCCUGGUGACCCCACACAAGAGCUCCAGACAGGGGGGGAGCACAACAGAGCAGCUCCAGAGAGCUGA